GCAGCUCUAUUUACAGAGGUGCCACACGACAUCACGACGCAGAGCGGGGAGGAUGUAGAGAUGGCUUGUUCCUUCCGUGGGAUGGGCUCUCCCUCCUACUCCCUGGAGAUCCAGUGGUGGUACAUCAAGGACCGGAGAGACUGGAAACAGAAGCCUGCGAAGAUCACAAACGAUGUUGUACCGCUGGAAGAAAAUUCCAAAGAUGCCACCAAAAUAAGUGUGGUAAAAGUGGCCGGCAGCAACAUCUCCCAUAAGCUCCGUCUCUCCAGUGUCAAGCCGUCAGACGAGGGCACGUACGAGUGUCGAGUCAUCGACUUCAGCGACCCUGUGGCGCAGCAACACCGUGUUCGCGCCUUCCUCCGUGUGGAGCCUGGGAGCAGUCAGGGGUCUGAAGAGGUCAAGAGGCAGAAGAACGGGCAGAGGUCACAUGGGAGCCAGCCGCACCCCCACCACCAGACAGAGGGCAGGGAACUGAAGAGGAGAUCAGCUGACAGCCCCACUGACUGCAGUGAGAGCUGUGGGCUGUAGAGGGUCUGCAUGUUCAUGACUUAUCUCUACAGAGGGACUGUCACCAAAACACCCGUCAUCACACACUGGACCUUUGGGUUUCAGCGUUUGUUUGUCCAUCUUUAAUGUAUGUGUUGCAGAUUGCCAAUGCUGUUGAAUGCCAAUAGAGGGCACCAUUUGAUUUAGUGUACAUAUAAAUGUGUUCUUUUCUUUGCUUUGUUAUUUUCUCAGUUUUUUUUCUCUUGCAUUAGGUUUGAGUUAUAGUGAAAGUAAGGCUGUAAUUACAGAACAUUUGUUUUUGUUAUUUUGUAUUUUUCGACUCACUCAACUGUAGUUUUCCUCACAACCCAAAACUGCAAUGGAGAGUCAGAAUGAUUAUGUCAUAAAAAUAAAAAGGGGAUACAGGCACAAAACAGAUAAUCUCCCCAUUCUACUUCUUUCACCAAAACAUAUGCCAAAGGUUGCAGUAUUUUAAUGCUAAUGCUUUCUAAGAAAUAAAUAAUAUAUCAAGCUUUCUUUCAUUUAUCUGAAAACAUUUCAAAGUGCUUUGUUUUAUUCAUGUAAUCUUUGUUAAAGCAGUAUCUGUAUUAAGCUUUCUAAACCAUAACUAUAAUGUUUGUCAAAAAUAAAAAUGUAUGCCUUCAUCACAUCAAAUAAUGUAUAAUGUGUUUGUUCUACUGUUAGUGCUGCUGUUUGGUAUUUGUUCUGUUAAAUACAUUCAUUUGAAAUUACUUGUUGUUCUUAGUAUUAGAGCCAGUAUUUUGUUUUACAAAAAGGGCCACCUAAUUGUGAUCUGUAGUCAAGACUGUAUAAAGGACUACAAUUCCCCCAGCGCCAGCCUCUAAAUAGACAGAUAUGGGCCACCUGUGUUCAGACGUCGUCGAGGCAAAGUUUUUAAUCGUUAAAGUUAUACAAGCCAAUGCAAAGAAAGAAAGAAAGAAAGAAGGACCACCUAAG